AUGUCUUUAUCAAAAUUAUCACUAUCAUCAAAAGCAUUAUCAAAUCCUCAAAAUUCUAAAUUAUGUUUAAAUGGAUUUAAAAGUUUAAUAUUAAAGAAUAUUAUAUCACCAUCAUCAUCUUAUAAAAGUAGAAAUUAUACAAGUGGUUUAAAUAUUCGCCAAUAUAAUAAUAAAUCAAUUUAUAAUAAUGAAUUUAAAAAUAUAAUUAAAAAUAACAAUAUCACCAAUAAUCAAUCUAAUCCAUUAAAUAUAUCUUCAUUUUCAAAUAAUUUAUUAAAUAGUAAUACAUCAAUUUCAACAACAAAUACAUCAUCUUUAUCAAAUAUUAGAACAUAUGCAACUGCAAGAGAGAAAGUUCUUUCAAAUGCUGAUUCAUUACCAAAUGAUGAAAAUAUUCAAGAGAUGGCAUAUAAAGAAUUAAUUGAAAUGGGUGAUUAUGAUACUAUUGUAAAAAGAUUUGAAAGUUUAGCAUUUUCAUCAAAUGAAGAAUGUGUAAGAUAUUAUUUUAAAGCAUUAGUAUAUAGUGGUAAAAUUAAUAAAGCAAAUUUAGGAAUGACAAAAUUACCACCACCAACUAAAAAAAUGACAAAAGCAGCAAGGGAAGCAUUGGGAUCUGAAGAAGCAAUGAAAGGAUUCUUUUUAAGAUUUAAUCAUUUUCCAGAGGUAAAUGAAAAGAUUCAUCAAAAACCAGUGGUUCCAGUUUUCAAUAUCAAUGCAAAUUCCAAAACCAAUUUAUCAUGGUUUGAUCGUUUUGUUUCAUUAUUAUGGUUACCAGUAUUAUUAUUCUUGGUAUAUUCUCUCACAUCAGAGACAUCCACUGUAAAGGAAGCCAAUGGAAAUAAACCUCAAUACUUUGCCAAGGAAUAUGAUGAAACCAAUCAAACUCCAACCUCAUUCGAUGAUGUUAAAGGUAUUCAAGAGGUUAAGGAAGAGUUGGAAGAAAUCGUUGACUAUUUAUUACAUCCAACCAAAUACAAUAGCAUUGGUGCAAAAUUACCAAAGGGUGUUUUACUUUCUGGUGAACCAGGUACUGGUAAAACUUUAUUGGCAAGAGCCAUUGCCGGUGAGGCAGGCGUUUCUUUCCUCUAUACCACUGGUAGUAGUUUUGAUGAGAAAUACGUUGGUGUUGGUUCACGUCGUGUUCGUGAAUUGUUUAAUGCAGCACGUGAAAAACAACCUUGUAUCAUUUUCAUUGAUGAAAUCGAUGCCGUUGGUAAAUCAAGAAAUACCGCGCACCACAAUGAAACCUUGUUACAAUUGUUGACAGAGAUGGAUGGUUUCGAAGGUAACUCUCAAAUUAUGAUCAUUGGUGCCACCAAUGCUCCAAAUUCAUUGGAUCCAGCUUUACUUCGUCCAGGUCGUUUCGAUAGACAUAUCUCUGUACCAAUUCCAGAUAUGAAAGGAAGAUCCGAAAUCAUUGAUCACUAUUUGAAAAAGGUUAAACAUACUGUCGAGGUUAAAGCCGAUACAAUCGCAAGAGCAACACCUGGUUUCACUGGUGCCGAUUUAUCAAAUCUUAUCAAUACUGCCGCUAUUAAAGCCGUUCAAAAUGGUAAAGAAACCAUUAGUAUCAAACAAAUCGAUGAUGCAAGAGAUGAUAUUUUAAUGGGUCGUGCUCGUUUGAAUGCUGUAAUGAGUGAAGAAGCAAGACGUAACACUGCCUAUCAUGAAGCUGGUCAUGCUUUGGUAGCAGCAAUGACUGAAGCCGCCGACCCAAUUCAUAAAGCCACUAUCGUUCAAAGAGGUCAAGCUUUAGGUAUGGUUUCACAAUUGCCAGAGAUGGAUCAUGUCCAAUAUACUCGUAAACAAAUGAUGGCUCGUCUUGCAAUUUGUUUGGCUGGUCGUGCCGCUGAAGAAAUCUUUUUCGGUGUCGAUGGUGUUACAAGCGGUGCAUCAUCCGAUUUCCAACAAGCUUCUUCUUUGGCUUUCUCUAUGAUUACCAAAUGGGGUAUGUCCGAUAAAGUUGGUUUCAUCUAUCAUAAAGAUAAAACUUCACCAGAGGUUCAAAAGAUCAUCGAAGAUGAAGUUAAAGAUCUUUUAGAUAAACAAUAUCAAUACUCUAAAGAAUUAAUCAUUAAAAAUAGAGAUAACAUGGAGAAAUUAGUCGGCCAAUUAUUGGAGAAAGAAACUUUAACUGGUGAAGAAAUUUUAAAGAUUUUAAAUCCAAAAGUAACUUUACCAAUUCAAAAUAAUAAUAAUAAUAAUAAUAUUUCUGUUCCAUCUUCACCAUCUUCAUCAUCUGGAAAUUCAUUAUUACCAUUACCUGUACCAUCAUCUUCUUCACCAAUUGCAAUUAGUCUUUAA